UUUUAGGUUGAAAAAGCAUGCAACGGUUCAAAGUUUCAAAGUAUAAAAAUGCUGCUCCUAAAAUUCCAAAGAAAGAGGAAUGCAUCAGUGAAAUACCAUGUUCAAAAGUUAUGUUAUCAUGUGGAGAUUUUGUAAAAUGUAGUGGUACUCAUGUUGCCUUUAAUGUUGAUUCAGGAGCUGGUGGUUGUGUAUCUGUUUUACCUCUUGAAACAACAGGUCGAAGAAAUAAAAGUGUACCAUUAAUUUAUGCUCAUGAAGAGUUUGUAACUGACAUGUGUUUUAGUCCAUUUAAAGAUAAUUUAUUAACAACAUGCUCUCAUGAUGGAAAAGUAAAACUCUGGAGUGUUUCUGACAGUUUUAAUGAAACUUUAGAUAGUGCACUGUGUAUUGUACAUCCAGAUAAAGAUACUAAAAAAAUUGACAUUGUAAAAUUUAACCCUGCAGCUGACGAGGUGCUUGCUUGUGCAGCAACAAAUUCUCUUCACAUAAUUGAUUUGACUACUGGGGAUGUGAAAUGCACAACAACUGGGAUUGGCACCUAUCCCCAAAGUAUAGAUUGGAAAUUAGAUGGUUCAUUAAUGGUUACUAGUUCUAAAGAUACAAGUUACAACAUAAUAGAUUCAAGAGCUCAGAGCACAAUAAAUUCUUUUGCUGGUUUUGGAGGAAACAAAGACUCAAGAUUACUGUGGAUUGGGAAUACAGACUACAUUUUUGGAACAGGAUUUGCAAAGUCUAAUGGGAGAAUGCUUGGUUUGUGGGACGUACGCAAUACAAGUUCAAUGGUUUUUCAACAUUAUGUAGACCAGGGCUCUGGAACUUUGAUGCCGCUCCUAGAUAUUGAUACAAACAUGAUUAUGGUUGCUGGAAAAGGAGAUUCUUUCAUUUCAUUGUAUGAGUUCAACACAGAGACCAACCAAGUUUCCUUAUCAUCUGUUCAAAAUCUUGACAAUCAGACUUAUGGUAUUGGAAUGGUGCCUAAGCGUGUUUUAAAUGUCAUGCAAGGAGAAGUUAACAGGCUAUAUCAAUUAUCUAAAAAUUUGUUAACUCCAUUACCUUAUAUUAUUCCAAGAAAGUCAUACAGAGAGUUUCAUGCUGAUUUGUUUCCAGACACUGUUUACAGUGGUUUGCCUGCAAUGAAUGCCAGUGACUGGUUUAAUGGAAAAACAGCUGUUUCUCCAAAAAUAAGCUUGGAUCCUAAAAAUGCGAUACAAAAAUCUAAUAAUACAGGUUUAAAACAUGUAGCUGUCAAUGAUAAAUCUGAAAAAGAACAAUUAAAACAUAAUGAAGUAUCAGAAAAACAUAUAGAGAAAAUUUCUGAUUACUCUUCAAGUGUCUUAUCAACUAAAAAUUCUGCAAUUGAAAAUUCAGUGUUAACCUCAAAUAAUUGUGGAGAAAAAGAAGCCACUUUUAAUGUCGAAUCGGUAAAUAAACAAGCAAUAUUUAAUACUGGACAUUAUUCAAAGUUUAAACAUCUUGUUGGUGAAAAGUUGCAUAAAAGCAAAAAUAUUGAAAACAUAAAAAAUCUUGCUGAGUCUCUACCAUCAGAAAGUGAUGGUUUCAAAGUAUACAAUGAUUUUGCAGCUGUUCCACUGGGAGGGUCUGGUGGACAGUUGGGUGUUUUUCAGCUCUCUAAACCUGGCCGUUUACCUGAGUCAGAUAUUCCUGUUCUGCAAAAUAGUAGCAAUGUUCUUGAUUUUGAUAUUGAUCCAUUUGACAAUAGGAAUAUCGCUGUAGGUUGUGAUGAUUGGAAGAUAAGGAUUUGGAAAGUACCAGAUGACGGCUUAACAGCGACACUUGAAGAACCAAAUCACAUCUUAAUAGGUCACAACCAACGUGUAACCAUUGUCAAGUACCACCCAACUGCUAGUAAUAUACUGGCAUCAGUUUCUUUAGAUUUAAGUGUUAAAAUAUGGGAUUUGAAUAGUUACUCAGAAAUUGGAGCCUUAGAAGGCCAUAAAGAUCAGAUCUUGUGUUUAUCAUGGCAUCCUGAUGGUCGAUAUCUAGCUACUUUAUCAAAAGACAAGAAAAUUAGAAUCUAUGAUCCAGUUAACAGUUUAGAACCAAUUAAGGAGGGUGAUGCACCAGAUACAUUAAGAGGUGCGAGAAUGUGUUGGUGCGGUCCUAAAAAUAAUUGGAUAGUGGUUUCUAUUGUCAACAGCUCUGGUCGACAUCUUAUGCUAUAUGAAAGUGAUGGGGUAAAACAAAUUAGUUCUUUACAACAAAUAGAUACUUCUCCAUCUAUUUUAAGUUUACAUUAUGACGAAGAUUCAUCAACCUUAUUUGCAACAGGAAAGGGUGACCGCAUAGUAUAUACAUUUGAAAUUCAUGAAAAUUAUCCACAUAUGUUUGCAUUAUCGUUUUUUCGGUCGACAACACUUCAUCAGGGUAUUUCAUUUUUGCAAAAGAAUUUACUUGAUGUUAGUAAGGUGGAGUUUGCAAGAGCUGCUUGUCUCACAAAGAACAACAUUGAGAUAAUUUCAUUUACUUUGCCAAGAACAAAAACAGAAUUCUUUCAAGACGAUGUUUUCCCUGAAACUAGAGUGACUUGGGAGCAAACCUUAUCAGGAGAUGAUUGGUUAGAUGGCAAUAUUUUGCCACAGAAAAGAAUUUCUUUACAACCUUUUGGAAUGCUAAAAUUAAGUGAUGCACCAAAAGAAUUACCAAAAGCUUCCAAAUAUUGUAGCCAAUCAAUUCUUGCUGAGAAAAGUGACCAAGAUAAAAAAGCUGAGCUUAUAAAUGCAAUGAUGGGAAAACUUGAAGUCGAUCAUAAGCUUGAACAAGACAAGUUUGAAGGUGUUGAUGAAGAAGAGUGGGAUGACUAACAACUUGGUUACCUACAAAUAAAGAUUUCUUGCUUUAUGUUUACAGCAAAUGUUGUUUUUUAUUGUUUUUGUUGAUCAUAAAUGGUAUCCAAAAUUUAUAAUUUAAAAUGUAUUUAUUUAUAUUUUUAUUUCAGUUGUAAAUUUCAGUUUGUUUUUUUUUAAUUUUUAUUUCAGUUGUAAAUACAGCAGAAAUAAUAAAAUGUAAUGAUAAUAAUAUUGUUUUAUAGCAAAUAAUAUUUGAUAAUAAUUUGAAUUAAUUUUAAAUUUUAGCUGUUUAUACUGCAAUUUUAUAUUAAUAGCAUUUUUAAAGAUAUUGUAUA